UCGUUUUCUCUUCUCAGAGUUUGAGAUUUCACACAAGAACACGAGUGGCUCUAACUAGCCAACACCUCUCCAACCACUAUUUUGCAAUCUAACAAAUCCACAAAACCCUAGAAUUCCAAAAAAUUAAUCCCCAAAAUUCCCAAAAUUCCAAAUUCCCCGAGUAGCUGAGAAGCUAAGCUAUGUGGGGUGGGGGAGGUAGUGGCAGUGGUGGUGGUGGUGGCGGUAUCUUCUGGGGACGAAAGGAAGAGGUCUCUGAUUCAAAAGGAAUCGCUGUCAUCUUCUCUUGGGUUUCGAUUCACGAGAGACACUUGAAGAAUUACGUGGAUCUGUAUUCGUCUCUCGGUUGGAAUUCCCUCGUUUGCCAUUCCCAUUUUCUCCAUGCAUUCGAUCCCGAAAAGGCCAUGUCGUCCGCCUUUGUUAUUCUCAAUGAGCUUGUUGAGGAGCUAAGGAUUAAGCCAUGCCCUGUAGUGUUUGUGGCUCUUUCUGCUGGUACAAAAGCGUGUAUGUACAAGGUUUUUCAGAUUAUUGAGGGAAUUUGUGAAGGUCAGCUCUAUCCGGCCGAAUAUCGAUUGGUCAGAAAGUGUAUUACCGGACACAUCUAUGAUUCUGGUCCAGUUGAUUUUACGAGUGACCUGGGCACUCAAUAUGGACUACACCCAGCCAUUCUAAAGAUGCCUGGAUCAUCAAAACUGGUUUCUUGGCUAGCUAAAGGCAUUGCUUCUGGUCUGGAUGCUUUGUAUCUUACUAGGUUUGAAUCCCAGUGCGCUGAGUAUUGGCAGGCUUUGUUUUCCUCUGUUAAUUUGGGUGCUCCAUUUCUCGUUUUAUGCUCUGAUAAAGAUGAUCUGGCUCCUUAUCAUAUUAUCUACAAUUUUACUCAACGUUUACAAGAACUUGGAGGAGAUGUCAAUCUUGUGAAAUUGAGUGGCUCCCCUCACCUAGGUCAUUAUAAGCAUUAUCCAAUACAAUACAGGUCGUCUGUUACUCAUUUCCUUGAGAAGGCAGCUAUGGUUUUUUGUCAAAGAAUUCAAGAACUUGAAGGUCAAAAUGCUAGCAUGGAAGGCAUGCACGAUGAAAUAUCUGAACUAAUCUGUGAUCUCCGGAAAGUAGCUGUAAAUUCUAACCAGAGCCUCAGAAGAGUUGCAGUGGAACCAAGCGACCACUUCUUCUUGCCAAGUUCAGCAGAGAAUCAUAAUGGUAGGGACUCUGGGUCUUUACAAGAUGAACAGAAAGAAAGAUCAAUCUCUCUGCCCAAGGCCCCAAGCAUUAGUGCACAUAGUGUACUCGGCCAAGUCCUGUUUGAUGUUUGUGUCCCUAAGAACGUCGAGGGUUGGGAUAUCAAAUUUGGUGGGUCUUUGAAUGGGCAGCCAUUUGCCUCUGCUCGUAGGAAUUCACCACCUCAUGGUCUCAAAAGCAUUCGUCGCUCGAGAUUAUGACUUCUCUUACGGGUUUGCCUUUGAAGGAGAUCUGUUACGUGGCAGAGAAUGGCGCAUGAAAAAUUAGCUGUAGCAACCCAAGAGUUGGAGGUGAGGUCUGCCUUUUCAGACACCUUCUGGGGUAUCCGGCAGAACGAACGAGGGAUAAUCGCAUGUAUAUAACCACACAUAUAUGUUUAAGACAGAUUUUGUCCAUCUGACGAACAAUCGGAACGUAUAGAUGAUCACCAAUCUUGAUGGUAGAUGAUGAUACAUAUCACCAGGAGUGGGGUGCAAAGUUGGUUUGCAUAAGAUAAUAGUCUGUAUGUACUGUAGGUUCCUUGUAGCACGGACACAAUCGUUCGUUCAAUUAACACUACCAGAUGCGUUGCUUGAACGAUCCUGACUAAGAUUUAAUCGUUGUAAAUAUAGGAGGAAAAACAGUUGCUAAGUUCUCAAUAAAUAUAGAAGUAUGUAAAUUUCAUAUUAUAAAACAUGAACACUGGCUCAUUUUUAAGGGAGCUCGAA